GCGUGAAUGCGCGAAUGCGCCAACGAGCGAAUCUUAAUGACUUGGAAAUUUGAAAUACGGUAAAUACAGCAAUGCUCACUACGGUGUGACGCUAAGGUAAUUGUAAUACAUUCAUCUCGUCGUCAGAUCCCUUAAAUAGCAAACUCUCGCCCAACAUCUCUCCUUCUUUCUUUCUUAUUUUCUCGUAAACAUCUUCCAAGCAACAUCUUCACACAACAAGAUCUCCAACAAAACGAGAUACUUAAUACAACGAGAUCCCCCACACGAGAUUUUCUACACAACAGGAUCUUCCACAAACACCUUCUCUUCAUCAACACUCAGAAACUGUUUGAUCUCUGCCAGAUCACUGGUAGUUGUUUGCAUUAACAUGCUUUCCAUAUCGACUCUUCUGCGCAAAGUCGCAUCCAAAAUCAAAUCUAAAAUCCAAUUCAAAGUCUCAAAGUCGAUGCAAAAAAACCCACCACCUUCGGUUUCUGACGACGCAUCAACACUCAAUAUCACCAUGGUCAAUGGUUCCUCCAAUUUUGAUCAUGAAUUCCCUCAAACUCCACAGUCAGCACCAGCUAUAGUUGACUCCGACUCUUCAGAUGAAACCAUGGAAAUUCCUGAACCUUCUGAAGGCACUCUUGAAGGAUUGCAGCAAUGUAUACAAUCCAACGCAGGUUCGCAAUCAUCUUCAUCUGAUUGUUCCCAUGUCUCAAAGGGUUCCGGCUCCACAUGGGAGUAUGAUGACCAGGAACCGUUUGCGACAUACACACCCAAAGUCAUUAAGUUGUGUCAUGAUCUUGGUCUUGGGGAGCCUUCAAAGGUCAAGCGUAUGAGUGGAGGUAGCAAUAAUAGGGUCAUUUCUCUUUCAUUUCCCGCGAAGAAUUCUAUCAAUGAUGAAGAGUACGUUCUUAGAAUUUGUCGAACAUUCCCUGCCGAUGAAAGCCCCAGGGAUCAGGCUGCUGUUCUUCACCAUGUUGCCCCAUUAAUGCCAGUUCCCAAAGUUCUGGCUUUCGAUCCUACUAGAGAAAAUGUCAUUGAGAACUCAUAUAUUCUUCAAGAGAAGCUUAGGGGCAGAAAUGCUGGAGAAGUCUACUAUGACUUGCCUGAGAAUGAGAAGAUCGAAGUCAUCGAUUUGGUUGCUGAUAUCAUCAAGAAGCUGAACGCCGUAAAGACCGAUCGUCCUGGUCAGUUUGUUGCAGGCCCUUCCUUUCCCGCUCUUUCGAACGGUCCAAUCACCACACCUACCGAUAUCGAUAUUACUGGCUAUAGAUUUGAAGAUUGCGGGACAUCAACGAACAUGGCCACCCUUGAGAAACAAUCUCUUGCAUCACUUUUAACCCACGCUUUUAAGACACGCAAGCAGUAUGACGAGGAUAGAGAAUGGUUUCACACCGAUGACUUAUGGGACGGUCUUUCAAAUAUGGCGAAGCAAAUGCAAACAGCCGGGUUGUUUUCAAAACGUGACACUGAUUGUGUUAUGUGGCACUGGGAUAUCGCAUUUCGUAACAUCUUGAUCGAAAAGAACACAUUGGGAAAAUGGGAGGUCACAAGUGUUUUGGACUGGGAUAUGCUUAAAUCUGUGCCCUUGGUCUUGACUAGAGCUCCUGCUGUGUGGAUUUGGUGCAAUGAAGGUAAUCGUUCAUCUAGAUGGUUUCAAGGGCUGUGUGAUAAAGAAAUCACACCAUCGCGAGCACUCACUUUACAGGAACUUCUUCUCAAGGGCUACUUUGAACAGAUCAUGCAAUGUGCUGAUCCAAAUUAUAUGGCGGAUACUUAUGGCCGUGGAGUUUGGAUUCGACGAUUAGGACAUUUUGCUGUUCGUGGCAUCACCGCUGUUGAAGACUUCGACAAGUAUCAGGAAUUGCUUCGGGACUGGAAUAAGUAUUAUAAAUCUUUCGGAUUUGAUACAGAUACAGAUACGGAUGAUGAAGAUAAUGAAGAUGGCUCGAAUGCUGAUGAAGAUGAAACAAGUGUUGCUGAGAAAUGCUCAUCUCAGACUUCAAGAAACUCGAAUCGGACAAAUCAAUCAAGUGCAUCGUCGACUUAUGAAUAUGCACAGGAGCCGUUUGAAACAUACAAGUUGAAAGUCACCCAGCUUUGUCAGAACAUCGGAUUCGGUUCUCCAUCGAAUGUUGAGCGAAUGGAAGGUGGAAGCUAUAAUCGAGUCAUCGGGCUCACAUUUCCGGGACCGUCUGAAGAUCGAAAUUUUGUUCUCCGCAUUCCACGCAAUCCAUUUGAAGAUGAUCAAUUGCAUAAAAUACGCGACCAGGCUGCCACACUCUUGUUUCUCAACAAAUUCGAUUUUCUCUGUGUGCCAACUAUUGCAGCUAUCGAUACUACCGUGGACAAUGACAUUGCAUCUCAGUUCGUUCUGCAAAAGAAAAUUGCCGGAAAAUCUCUCUCAGAUGUUUUCUCCACUCUUCCGCUUGCUGAAAAGCUUGAACUUACGACUGUCGUGGCUCAACUCUUUAUUAAAAUGGAGGACAUCACCUUUGAAGAUCCCGGUAUACUUUCUGGUGCACAACUCUUGCCAUGGGUUUCCACAUCUAUUCAUCAAUCAAGUUCACCGCCAGUAAUAUCAGGCUUCCCUCUCAACAGUAUGACAGUCGGCCCACCCCUCCGAAAGCAAGGUCUUGAAUCUUUGCUUUUCAAUCUUAUCAUCGAGCAGAAGAAAUAUGAUUCUAUGUGCCCUAACGUGGUUUCAUUAUGGAACCAGCUUCUAGAUGUUUUAAAGCAGAUGGAUCAGGUUGGCCUCUUCAAGGAUUCCGAUUCGACAAACAUCUUGUGGAGUUGGGACAUCUGCUCUAGACAUAUCUUCAUUGACAGAGAUGAUUCUCUAACGCCCAUUGUUCCCUGUUCAAAGUCGACAUCAGACACCACACAGCCACCCAAGCCUGAUAAUUUGGACGACAAAAAUACUGGAAGUGAGGCUGAUAUUGAAGAUGAACCUUCUCAGACUCCUGAUGGUCAAACUCAAGUUACAAGUGGUGGGUGGAAGAUUACUGGAACCAUCGACUGGGAUGAUGUCAUGUCAGUCCCUCGUGUCAUUACUAGGAUACCCAGAACCUGGCUCUGGUUUGAUGAUGAUGAGCGUACUGAAUGCUGGGAUGGAGACCGCGAAACUCCUCCUGAACGAGCACUCACCGAAGAUGAACUUGCAAUCAAAAAUCACUUUGAUCAAAUCAUGCAACAAGCCGAUCCCACCUAUAUGAAUGAUACCUAUUUUAGGGGUGUUUGGAUUCGUCGAUUGUUUAAGAUUACGCAAACUGGGUUUAGCACUACCUCCGAUUUUCAGAGAUGUGAUAAACUUUUGAAGGACUGGGGAAAUUACUACGACGGUCAUGUCUUAGCGAUGCAAGAAUCAGGAGGAAGUGAGUCAUCGGAUUAAUUAAUCGCUGUUGAGGGCUAGAUUAAAUUGUUAGGGAGAAGAGUCAUGAUUGGGAUUAUAUUUUAUGGAGUUUGAAAUCAUGAUGGGGAAUGUAAUGUCUAAGUAGAUAAUAAUAUUCA